CCCAAAGGUCAUGCCCCAAAGUCCGAAUAAAACACUGGACCUAACCCGAUAUGCCACGCUGAAAACGAGUGGCUCUCUUGAUGACCCGAAUCAUCUGAAAAACCAACGCACACUUCCACCAUGGCACCAAAGCCAACCAGCCACCAUCACCAUGGCCGCCGCCGCCGCCGCCACCACCACUACAAUUGCUCUCUUCACUAGCUCCUCUACUCUCUGCUGCAGAAAACCCACCUCAUUAAGACCAAAAAUCUUCAAGAUAAAAGCAUCAUUGGCUACUAUGUCCGCAACUACAACCAAAGUUGUCCCUGCGAUUAUAGUAGGAGGUGGACGUGUAGGAAAAGCUUUACAAGAUAUGGGAAAUGGUGAUGAUGUUUUGGUGAAGAGGGGUGAAUCCGUGCCCAUUGAUUUUCCUGGGCCCGUCUUGGUUUGUACUAGGAACGAUGAUCUUGAAGCUGUUCUUGAGUCUACUCCCAAGUCUCGUUGGAGCGAUCUGGUUUUUUUCCAGAAUGGGAUGCUGGAGACUUGGUUCCAAAGUAAAGGUCUUAGUGACCCUGACCAAGUUCUGGCAUAUUUUGCUGUUUCAAAGCUUGGUGAACCUCCUACUGAUGGGAAAACAGACACAAAUCCUGAGGGACUCACAGCAGCUUAUGGGAAGUGGGCUUCUGCAGUUGCUGGUAGAUUGCUUGCAGGAGGUCUUUCAUGUAAGGUUCUUGAAAAGGAAGCAUUCCAGAAGCAAAUGUUCGAGAAGCUUAUAUGGAUAUGUGCCUUCAUGCUCGUUGGUGCUCGCCAUCCUGGAGCAACUGUAGGCAUUGUUGAGAAGGAAUACCGAUCUGAGGUGUCUAGCCUCAUCUCUGAAUUGGCUGCUGCAGCAGCUGCAGGAAAGGGCAUUGUUUUUGAACCAGCUAUGGAGGAUAGACUAUGUGCUUACUCUCGGACAGUUGCACACUUCCCAACAGCAGUUAAGGAGUUCAAAUGGAGGAAUGGUUGGUUCUAUUCACUUUCUGAUAAGGCAAUCGCAGAAGGGAAACCAGAUCCAUGCCCAUUACAUACAGCAUGGCUAAAAGAACUAAAUGUAGUAUAACUCGCAAGUUUCUAUAGAUCAGAAUCAAGGCUGAUGCACACAAUGGUUUCAGUUUCUUAGAUCAGGCAGUUCCUUCUCCUGACUGCAGUGCUUUUGCCUUCUGGUGCGUGAACUUUAAACUUGUCAGCAUCAGUAUGCUUGCAGAAUUGCAUAAAUUUCAAUUGCUAGAUUCAUUACGUCAUCCAUUAAUUUAUAUGCUGACAACGAAUUGUAACCUGA